AUGGCGGACGAUCGGACUUUCUUCAAUGAAAUGCUCGACGAUGCCGGUGGCGCACGCUCGCCCUAUUCAAGGCUGGCCACGUGGCUCGAAGAUAAACCGGCAAAUUUUCUGACCAAAAAAAGCCGGGAUGCGGAAAUGGUAUUCCGCCGACUCGGAAUUACCUUCGCAGUCUACGGCGCGCAGGAAGCAACCGAACGUUUGAUACCGUUCGACCCCAUACCCCGCAUCAUCUCUGCUUCGGAAUGGCGCAGGCUUUCGGCCGGCAUCGAUCAGCGCGUUCGCGCCCUGAACGCUUUCAUGCACGACAUCUAUCAUCGUCAGGAGAUCCUCAGGGCGGGUCGAAUACCGGCAGACCUCAUCCUGCAGAACGAAGCAUUUCUGCCUGAAAUGGCCGGGUUCACCCCGGCACGCAAGGUCUAUGCGCACAUAAUCGGAACCGAUCUCGUACGUGUUUCCGAAAACGAAUUCUACGUUCUGGAAGACAACACCCGCACGCCAUCCGGCGUUUCCUACAUGAUGGAAAACCGGGAAACCAUGAUGCGUCUGUUUCCCGAACUCUUUCAGACGCACCGCGUUGCACCGGUCGAGCAAUAUCCCGAAUUGUUGCGAAGGACAUUGGAGAGUGUCGCGCCCGACCCGUCGAAGUCGGCGCAAACGAUCGUGUUAUUGACCCCCGGCAUCUACAAUUCCGCAUAUUUCGAACACGCCUUUCUUGCAGACUCCAUGGGUGUGGAACUGGUCGAGGGACGCGAUCUGUUCGUCGAUGCCGGCAAGGUCUUCAUGCGCACGACCCGCGAACCGGAACAGGUGGAUGUCAUCUACCGGCGCAUCGACGACGCCUUCCUUGACCCCCUCACCUUCAAUCCGGAAAGCAUGCUGGGCGUUCCCGGACUGUUCGAUGCCUAUCGGGCCGGCAAUGUCACGAUCUGCAACGCGCCCGGAACCGGCAUUGCUGACGACAAGGCAAUCUACGCCUACGUUCCUGAUAUCAUCGAGUUCUACACGGGACAGAAACCGAUACUGAAGAAUGUCCCGACCUGGAAUUGCUCAAGAGCGGAUGAUCUGGCUUACGUUCUCGACAAUCUGGAGAAGAUUGUCGUCAAGGAAGUUCACGGCUCGGGCGGCUAUGGCAUGUUGAUAGGCCCAACGGCGUCCAAACGCGAGAUUGCGGAGUUCCGGAAAGUUCUGGAGGCCACGCCUUCAAACUACAUCGCGCAGCCCACCCUGGCACUUUCCGCCUGUCCGACACAUGUGGCAUCGGGUGUCGCGCCGCGCCAUGUGGAUCUAAGGCCCUUCGUUCUGAUUGGCGACCAGGUUCGCAUCACCCCUGGUGGACUGACCCGCGUAGCCCUCAAGAAGGGCUCACUUGUCGUCAACUCAAGCCAGGGCGGCGGCACCAAGGACACCUGGGUACUCGAGGACUGA